GCUCAACAGACAGCAGUGAUAAACAUUCUGGAACAAGAAGUUCGGCAGUGUGAAGUGACACCUGGUUAAGCUGCGAUCCUGCAUGGCGAGACUGAGACAGGACAAAUGAGACAAUUACCAUCCCCUUUAAAAAGAUCCUUUUCUGCAUUAUUCAGUCGUGAUUUCAGACUCACGUGUAGCAUGGGAUGCAUCCUUAAUUGUUGCCAGUUGGAGGUACCGGUGCCGUACAUAUACCAGUAUGCAAGAACUUCCCAACAAGGAAAUGAUGGAUACCGGUACAUGUAGCUACAUGUACAUCCUGGGGAUGGAUUCCAGUGCCGAUGACACAAUGGCUACAAUGCACAUGUACGACAAGUGUUCAUGUUGGAAGUUUCCCAAGCUACUGCUACUAAGGCUCCAUGCAGUCAAAAUCCAUCCACAACAGGCAAAGUGAAAGUAUGUACUGGGCAAAAGAACUUGUGAGUGGUAAUGACUCUGUUGACAACAUCUCAAUGGCACGGAAAAGCAAGGUGAACGGAAGGCCACCCAGCACAGGGCUUUCCACAUGUACAUGUACCAUGCUAUGUUUAGCACAAACAACAAAAUCACCAUUGUUACGCCGGACGCUGGUGAAGUGGUAGGCCAAAGGACGUGCAUGAUUUACGGAAGUUCUCAAUGAGUGAUUCAUUGCGAUAACAGGAUGACAUCCAUAGAGUCAAAAGCGCGCAAUGGGGGCUUGAUAACCGGAUGAUGCACGUGCAGCUGAUGUAAAUUGACUCACUGGUAAUCACUUUGUCCCACAUGGCUUUGGACUUGUGAGAUGUCAUGGGAAGUGGCACCAGUGCUCACAAGCCAAGUGCAAGUACUUCACCGACAGGUGGAAACAUGAACAACAAUAAGGACUGUGGAUUGGAUGCCCGCUCUUGUGAGGUUGUACCAGAUGGGACAGAUGCACCUUAUACAAACAAUGAAAACACUUUGGAGUCACAGACAACGGAAGACAAAAAUGAAGAUGGGGAAUCAUCGAAAGAACAGAACGUAGAAGAGAAGAAAGCAAGUAUUGCAGAGACAAUGGCAUUCUUGAUGACAGUCCAGGACUUUGCUACUGAAGAGUGCCACGAGAAAUUUACCACACUGGGCAAGAUCUCCAUGGACAGGGCCAAUCGGCUGGAGCUUGGGAGGUACAUCAUGGAGCUGGGCUUUGCUGACCUCUACGUCACCAUCCAUAGCAACCUCUACAGCCACGACCUGUUCAACCUGGAGAGCCCGGACGAGAGCCGCAAGCAGGCACAGGCCAACCUGAAGAAGAUGCGCGUGGCCUACUGGAACUUCACUGACUGCACGGCCGAGCUGUGCACGGCCCUGGGCCAGACUGGCGCCCUGGAGAUGACCAUCAAGGAGCUGACCCACCCAGAGCUGAGCCACGAUAAGCUGAAGAAGGAAGCCAAGCGGUAUGUAGUGCAGGGAGCCCUGGGGGUCCUGUUGAACUCCAUCCGCCUUGGGGAGGGGAACCGGGCCAUCUACCGCAAGGCGGGGGCCGUGGAGAUCCUCCACACCCUCAUGAGUUGCACCUUUCUCAUUGUACGUGUGCAGUGCCUUCUUACCUUGUCUUACAUCAUCAAUGAAGAAGAGAGCGAAAAGAUCACGGCAUCCGAUGGCUCAAUUGACACUCUGCUGACUUGGAUAAGAGAGGCCUUACGGACGAAAAACCACAAAACCAAACGAUUUGGCUUCUCAGUUGAGGAGCUCAUGAUCGGCUUGAACAACCUGGCGCUGAACGACAACAACAAGGUUAAAAUCGUGCAAAAGGGCGGUCUGGACCCCCUGGCCAAGAUGCUGACAGUGGCCUUCUCCAUUCAGGAGCAGGAGCUGGCCGCCGGACUGGCCUGGAAGCUGGCUUUUAUUCCGUCCAAUCGACCAGUCAUUCAGCAGCACAAGCCUCUCAUUGAAGCUUUGACCUCGAUGAGAGCAUGUGAAAGUGUGACUGUGCGUGAGGCCUGCACCGGUGCACUCUGGGAAACCAGUGAGGGUCAGAUUGACUUGCCGGGGCAUGUGCUGCACACUGAGCACCUGGCCAACGACAAGCACAUUAUGAUCAGCUACCAGUGGGACGUGCAGAGACGCAUGAUCAUGCUGAAGGACCAGCUGAUUAAAGCUGGCUACCGAGUCUGGAUGGACGUGGAUAAAAUGGAGGGUGAUAUUCUUGGGACUAUGGCAGAGGCUGUGGAGAACUCCGCAGUCGUCUUGGUGAGCCUGUCGCAGAAGUAUAAAGACAGUCACAACACACGAACAGAGGCCACAUAUGCCUACAAACAGAACAUUCCAAUCAUUCCCCUAUUGGUUGAGGAAGACUACAAUGCAGAUGGAUGGCUGGGGGCGCUGGUGGGAACCCUCUUGUACUUUAAGUUUUUCGAGGACGGCCAAGUGGAGCAGAAUCUGCCCCACCUGGUACAGGAGAUUGGCUCUCGUGGGAAAGCCGGGCAAGGAGAUGCAGUUGUCAUGAGAACAAACAUUCAACCUGUCAAGGCUCCCGUGACACAGAACAAGCCUCCAACCGCUCCGGCUGCCUCUGUCUCGACAGCAUCAGCAACAGCCGCACCACCGCUUCCCAAAGCGGGCCCAGUGGCCGUGACAUCCUGGGACAGCGGCCAGGUGCAGGCUUGGCUGAGGGAGAACCAGCUGGCCGGGGAGGGAGGUGUGGGGGACAAGCUGGCCGGCUUUGAUGGCCAGCUGCUGGCCCAGAUGCACAGGCAAUGCCAGCAGGCGCCUGAAUUCUUCCACAACGCUCUGCGGCACGACCUGGGCCUGGACUACCGCACUCUCCUCAGGCUGACCUGUGCCUUGGAGAAACUGAUGACUUGAGUGGGUGGUAACGACAGUCUCUUGCCCUCAAAUUAACUGACCCUGAAAAUGAGAGAAAAGGAUUCACAUCUGCAAUAGACCCUAUUCACGUGGAGGCCAUUAUUGAUCUUAUCCCCCAAAUCUGUUGUAUAUAUUGCAAACUGUCGAUCAGGAUGUCACCAGACUGUUUUAUACUUCCUUGCGUUCCAAGCCUCCCUUUCAAUAGUUUUUGGAAUCUGGCAUGGUACAAUUCUAUGUGUUCAAUCAAUUUCAAUUUGAAAUUAUUCAUUGGAGUGGACUUGUGGACAUUUGUCAUGAAAUUUCAUGUUAUUGCUUCAU